AACCGGCAAAUUUAUGGUUCGGUGACCACGCACACUGGCGGAUCCGUCCCAUUCAGCGCACAUGCAAAGCGGAUGGCUGCGUCUCUUGGACGUGAACCGAGUCCAAUGGAGCUGUUUCUAGAGACGCAUGUGCGGAGUCAAGACCGCCAAAAAGGGGUGCAGCAGUUCGUGGACAACCGUGCUCAGCACUUCGUGGAGACCUAUAAUAGCCGGUUGAGGGAGAGAUAUGGGGACAAUCCGUCGACCCAUCCAGAUUUCGAUCCAGAUUUGUGGAUGGAGGCGGGAUCGUCUGGUGGACCCGAUAAAAACAGGGUCUACGGGCUCUCCAACACUACGGCUGACAACUUGCGUUCGACUCGUAGUGUCUCAACUGUUGGAAGCUCUCCAUCAGUAUCGAACACCCAGUCUGAGGAGUUCAUUGCGUUGAAACAACAAUAUCAACAACUCUCGACGAAUUAUGAUGAGCUCCGUCAAAUAGUCAUGGAGAUGAGAUCAAAGAUGGGUGACGAUACUUGUGCAGCUUCUUUUUGGCCGUUUGGUCCCGGGAACAACCAGCCUCCUCCUCCUCCGCCUCCUCCUCCAGCUCCGCCGCUAUUCUAGUUUAAUUUUGUUUUUUA